AUGGAAACAUUUCGGAAAUGGGUUAAAGAUUAGCAGAAGAAAUAAAAUUAUUCAUAAAAAGUCUUUAAUGUAAAGAAAUAUCUAAUUAAAAAUUUAUAAUAAAAAAAAUAUUUAUUAUUAUUUAAAAAAAUAAAAAGAAUAAGCUUUUUAGGAUAUUCAUUAGGAGGUUUAAUAAUAAGAGCAUGUAUUCCAUAUUUGUAAAAAUAUUAUAAUAAAUUUUAUACUUUUAUGACAUUUUCUACACCUCAUGUUGGAAAUAUGUAUUAAACUAAUAAAAUAGUAGACGCAGGGUUAUGGAUAAUGAAAAAAUUUAGUAAAUAGACUUGUCUUAAUUAAUUAACAUUAUCUGAUGCAAAAGAUAUUAAGAAUACAUAUAUAUAUUCUCUUUCUACUUAACCUGUUUUUUAUUUUUUUAUCAUAAAUUAUUUACAUAUUUUUUUUAUAUAUUUAUUUUAGGGAUUAAACUACUUUGAAAAUGUAGUUGUUUUUAGUAGUUUAUAAGAUUCUUAUGUUUCUUAUUCUUCAGCUAGGAUAUAAAAAUGUUCAUAAUCCUAAAAUUAAGAUGCGUAUUUUUUAUUUAAAAAAAAUAAAUUAUAAUUUAAUUUAGGAAUUGUUAAAUAUAUAAUGAAAUGGUAACUAAUAUUUUAUAAAAUUUAAAAAAUAAAAAACUUCAUCGUAUUGAUGUAAAUUUCUAAAUUAAAAAUAAGUAAUAAUUGA